AUGGACAAAGUGGAAAAAAUGUUGAUACUACUGCUAUUAUUGCAGAGUUUCUGUAUUGCUCACACUCAGGGUUUCAAUGUGGGAACUGCAGGGGCUAAAAUCUUCUCAGGUCUUGCGGUAGAAGAGUUUGGCUACACUGUACAACAGAUAAGCAAUGAUCAAGGAAAAUGGCUGCUGGUGGGUUCUCCCUGGAGUGGAUACCCUCAGAAUAGAAAAGGAAAUCUCUAUAAGUGUGACAUUAGUGCUUCAAGAAGAGCCACCUGCCAGAAACUAAACCUUGCAGACUCUAUCAGCAUAGAUGGUGUGCAGAGCAUCAAUGUCAACAUGAGUCUGGGCCUGACUCUCACUCCAAUAGCUAAACCUAACACAUUGAUGACGUGUGGUCCUCUGUGGGCUCAGCGCUGUGGCAGUCAGUAUUUUUACCCAGGAGUCUGUGCUGAAGUGAGCCCACAGUUUACGCUCCAGUCAUCCUUCUCUCCUGCCAUUCAAACUUGUGGUGGGCCAAUGGAUGUUGCCAUUGUUUUGGACGGAUCAAACAGUAUAUAUCCGUGGCCUGAUGUUAGAAACUUUCUCAUAAAGCUUUUGGAAAAUCUCGAUAUCGGACCAGAUAAAACUCGAGUCAGUAUAAUGCAGUAUUCAGAGGAUUUGUCCUUUCUUUAUCAUUUUAGUUCUGACCAAAAUAAAGACAAAGUUCUUUCAGCAGCUUCUGGUAUUGAGCAAAAAACUGGAACAGAAACCAACACUUUUGAAGCACUUGACAAUGUCAGACAAACAGCUUUCCUACCAGAAAAUGGUGGUCGUCCCGGUGCCACUAAGGUGUUGGUGGUGGUAACAGAUGGAGAAUCUGCUGAUGGUUAUAAAGGUCAAGAGGUCAUUGAGAGAUGCAACAGAGAUGGCAUCAUUCGCUUUGGCAUUGCUAUUCUCAAGCAAAGUGCCAAUAUUCAAAAAUUCCUAGAGGAGAUUGAAUUGAUCGCUAGCGCUCCAACAGAGAACUACAUGUUCAAUGUGUCAUCAGAGCAAGCGCUAAUCAAUAUCGCAGGAACUCUGGGGGACAGGAUCUUUAACAUUGAAGGCACCAGUCAAGGUCAGGAAUUUCAACUGGAGAUGUCCCAAGUUGGAUUCAGCGCACAUCAGACCAAUAAGAAGGAUGUGAUCAUGCUUGGUGCUGUCGGAGCGUAUGGAUGGAGUGGGACCGUCGUCCAUCAAACAGCUGGGAAAUCACACAUUUUCCUCAAAAAUGCGUUCGAGAAAAUCCUGGAUGACAGAAACCACAGUUCAUUACUUGGAUACUCUGUGGCAUCUGUGACCGACGGCUCGUCUGAGUUUUAUGUGGCCGGUGCUCCUCCAGGCAAGAAAAUACUGGGAUCCAAACUGGGCCCAGCGCUUCGUUUCUUUGGACGCUCUUUAGAUAGUCGUGGUGAUAUGAACGGUGACUCAAUCCCAGAUAUUUCAGUCGGAGCGGCUGGGAAGGCAGUGCAGCUCUGGUCAAGGGGAGUUGCAGCUGUCACAGCAACGGUCUCCUUCAGCCCUGAGAAGAUCAGCAUUCUGAGUAAACCUUGCAUGUUUGGAGGAAGGAUGGUGUCGUGUGUUAGUGCCAAAGUCUGUUUCAGAUCAAAAUUCAGACCCACAGUAUUAGCGGGUAAAGUAGACAUCAAGUACAACCUGACUCUUGACGCUGACCUGCAGUCAUCUAGAGCCACUUCAAGAGCCCAGUUUGACAACUCAGAGCGACUUAUCCAGAAACCUGUCAGCGUCUCUGAUAAAGAAAGCUGUGUUGAUCAUAAUGUCUAUGUGCAGGAGACUCCUGAUUUUGUGAGUCCAGUUGCUUUGCGAGUCGACAUCAGUCCACAGAAUCCAGACACGGGCCCUGCCCUGGAUGCAUUUCAGCCCAAAGCGUGGGAAUUUUUUAUCCCUUUUGUAAAGGACUGUGGCUCUGAUGACAAAUGCUCUUGUGACCUGAAGCUGACUGUGAAAGCUGUUGAUGUAUCUAGCUCAUCUUCACUUCUAGUCAGACCUGACAGAAGAAGACUGUCCUUCGUCGUGACAGUAACGAACAUGAAGGAAAAUGUGUACAACACAAGAGUGUCUGCUAACUUCUCCAGGAACCUGUUCUACGCCUCUUUUACACCACCUGGAGACAACACUGAGGUGAAAUGCAGUUCAAAAACAGGCUCACUCGACUGCAGAGUUGGAUAUCCAACCUUGACGCCUGGCCAGACAGAGACUCCUGAUUUUGUGAGUCCAGUUGCUUUGCGAGUCGACAUCAGUCCACAGAAUCCAGACACGGGCCCUGCCCUGGAUGCAUUUCAGCCCAAAGCGUGGGAAUUUUUUAUCCCUUUUGUAAAGGACUGUGGCUCUGAUGACAAAUGCUCUUGUGACCUGAAGCUGACUGUGAAAGCUGUUGAUGUAUCUAGCUCAUCUUCACUUCUAGUCAGACCUGACAGAAGAAGACUGUCCUUCGUCGUGACAGUAACGAACAUGAAGGAAAAUGUGUACAACACAAGAGUGUCUGCUAACUUCUCCAGGAACCUGUUCUACGCCUCUUUUACACCACCUGGAGACAACACUGAGGUGAAAUGCAGUUCAAAAACAGGCUCACUCGACUGCAGAGUUGGAUAUCCAACCUUGACGCCUGGCCAGACAGUAACAUUUGAGAUCAACUUUGACUUCAACUUAAAUCAACUAGAGAAACAGGCUGUUGUGAACUUUGAAGUGCAAAGUGACAGUGAGGAGGAGGUGACAUCUGAUAACAAGGUCUCUCUCUCCAUCCCAGUCCAGUAUGACGCCGAAAUCAUCCUCACCAGAGACUUAAACUUGGAUUUUUGCGGCAUUGGUCCUGAGGAUCAAGUCAAACAUACUGUCUCAGGUUUCGAUGACAUCGGCCCAGAAUUUGACAUAACAUUACGAGUUUCAACAGGAACUUUCCCAAUCAAUCAGGCUCAUCUGACCGUCUCGCUGCCCACCAGCACCAAAGCUGGAAAUCCUUUACUAUAUGUGACUUCAGUCAAAACGGCACCUGUUGUAAAUGUGUGGUGUGAUAGCAGCCAUCUGAUUGACCCACUGAAGAUCAGAGAGAAAGCACACACUGCCAGCUUCACUAAAGAGAGCUUCAGAGGGACAGCAGGACUGGAUUGUAAGGCAGCAAAAUGUGAAACCAUGACUUGUGUCCUCAAAGAUCUGGAGAUGAAGACCAACUACUUUGUAAACAUCACCACUAGGAUCUGGAAUGGCACAUUUGCCUUUGCUGAUUUUCAGACAGUUUUAGUGGCUGGAAGCUCUGAGAUACAAACAUCUCAGCCUGAUCUCAUAGUCGUCACACACAAACAACAACAGAUAAAAAUUACAGUGAGUAAAGAAGGCGCGAUUGGGGAUAUUCCUAUUGGUAUAAUCAUAGGAAGUGUCAUUGGCGGCCUCCUCCUUUGGGCUCUAGCUACGGUGAUCCUAUGGAAGGUUGGCUUCUUCAAGAGGAAGCCUUUGCCACAGGGAAAUGAACCGGAUCCGGCAGAACAAGAGGGUCUGUGUGAGAAUCCAGCAUGAACGGGACAUAAACGCUCACCUCUGUGACUACAUGAGAAUAAUAUUACCUUGAAAUGUACAUAUUAAUAACUGAUAUUCAGUUUACUGCCAUUCGGGUCCUGCCAGGAGGUCUGGCUUGUGAAUAUCACUGUAUUUUAAACCAUCUCACAACUGUUGACUCUCGUGCACUUGCUCGUUCAGUGCUCACUCCUAUUUAGGCCUCCAAAGAAUGAACGAAUGAGUUGGUACACGCAUGAGAGCCUUAAAGACAGAGAGGGUGGGGUGAAUGUCUGAAGUUUAUGCCUCUGUCAGCUCCUGCUUCCUUCUCGUUCUGACUUGCUUCAGUUUGUACUUGGUUCUCAGUUAAAUCAUGACAAAUAAUUCUGUAAAUACAUCAUUUGAAGUUAGUCUUUUUCAUUAAUGUUCUGCUGUUUUGUUGUUGAGUGUUUCGGAGACGUUUACCUCGCUCAUGCACAAACCCCCAGUACGAUGA